AUUUCUUUCCCUUCAAAUGAUAGUCAUUAAUAAGGGUUUGUCAUAUCAAACGGAAUCGAAUAGAAACCCUAAAAUCCCAUUUCCCUUUUUGUAUCAUCAUGUCCUGCUAUCAUCAUUAUUGGAGUUCAAUACACUUGCAUCGUCACUUGCCUGCGACUUGCUUUGUUGACUCUUGGAGUUUCUCCCACAAGAAAACCAAAGAAAGUAUAUUCAGAAGGAAGCAAAAGUUUCUUGGGGUAGGAUUUUAUAACUUGUUCUAUUCUAGAGUAUGUCACUGGAAAAAUGGUCUCGUUCACACUGGAAGGAAAGAGAAUAACUUCCCGGGGAUUCUUUACAACAACUCGCAACACUAUCGUAAAACAAAUAUGAUGACUGAAACUUUCAUUCAAUGUCCCGAAUGUGGAACUAUAUAUUCUGUUCAAGUCGAAGAACUGGAGUCACAAAGGGCGGUCAGAUGUGGAGAUUGUUUGCAUGAAUGGCUAGCGACAGAAGACGAUUUACUGGAAAUAGAUCCUGUUUACGUAAACUCUCUUCUCCUUGAACGUGAAGAACAAAUCAAGGAAAACGGUUCUUUUGGGAAGUGGCAAGUUGAGAAGGACUCGAAAGUUUUGAGCUCGCUUCAAGACGCGGAUAGUACAGAAGCUUUACAAGGCGAAGACUUGAAAAAAAAAGCAGCACAAAGCCGAAAAAGAGAAGGAGAAAAAGUUCUUUUUGUGGGUAACUUGAGUUACAAGGCUUCGGAGAAAGAUCUAUUCAGGGUUUUCUCAUCCUGUGGCCAGGUUUUUGACGUACGCAUUCCCCGAAACCAUUCAAAAGUCCAUCGAGGUUUUGCGUUUAUUAGAAUGAAUCUCACAGGAGCCUCGACAGCCUUACAAAGUCUUCAAGGUGCCAACAUCGUUGGUCGUCCGAUAGUUCUUAGUGAGAGCAUUACACAAGAGAAAACAAGUCAACAAGAAGAAGAAAAUGAGGAAAGCAACCAUGAAAGGACUGAAACCAGUCUAGACGACGAAGUUCUAGAGGAAGACUGGGACACGGACUUUGGACCUGAUGAACAACUAUUAGGACAAGAAGCAUACUCCAAUGGGUUGAGGUUUUAUCUCAGAGGAAGCACUCCAAGGAAAAGUCCAAACGGAAAAAAUUAAGUAUUUUAUGUCUAUGUUGUACGAAGGCGCCAAUUGGCAGUCCCACCAAAGUCUGCAGAAGUUUUCAACUGAAUGACUCUACUGUCCUCCAAGAGUGCUCCUGUUCGAUAAAACUAAUAACACAGAAUAUCAACAGAAAAUUAUCCACGAACGGAACUAGAGUUUGCCUGACUUUGGGUUUCAACUUUUUUCUUCUUUCUCAACUUUGCCGUAUCUGUGGGAUCAAUAAAUAGAGUGACUUUUUU